AUGAAUAUGCUAAACUUUCCCACCGCUACAGACAAUAAAGUUAUUGGCUGGAGCUCAAAUCAUGGAGGUGAAGUUGUUCAUUGCGAGCAAUCAUUCCUGAUGCCCCAGCAAAAGCCAAAAUCAACAAAACUCGAUUCGCUUCCAUCAAUUCAAUCGGCCAGCCCCCCACCUGAACCGAAGAAACCUGAAGAGGUUAGGAUUCCUGAAGAAACUCGCUCCGAAGAAGAAGAAAAUGAUACAGUACAAGAAGAACCAGAAAUCCCAUUAGCUCCAAAUUCCGGAAAUCUAAUUAUAAAACCGAACGAAUUAGGGUUUAUACCUCCGGAAAGAUGGGAGAACGUUCCAACUGUCGAGUUUUCAAGUCUACAAAGUGUAUAUUUCCCAAAGCGAUCUUCGAAAAAGCUUCGAUUUGAACAAAAGUUAUGGAACGCUUUACUUCUAACGCAAAAAUACCCAAGCUUGAAACCUGUAAUUGGUGUCGAAUGGAUAACGAAUGAUGUUAUACGAGUAGAAGUCAAUACUCUUGCCAAACUAUUGGGUAUCUCCAAAGCUACAUCUGCUCUUUGUUCUCCUCAGGGCUCAUUUCCUUCUCACGGCUUCGUAGAAAUCGUAAAACAAGAUGGUGGAUCAUAUAUGUUCAAUAAUUCGGAGAAUGUUCGGUAUUAUCAGCAUGAAAGUGGAUGUUUCCGCUCGGAUUCCACUCAAGAAGAUUUAGAUAAAUGUAAAUGGACAAGCAAAAAUAAGCAUUCAGGCUUCUAUUGA